GCUAUCGAUGUAGAGGCAUGUCAUGAUGAAUACUACAGGAUGAGGCUUAAGUUUGUUUGUGUUUUAUCUCCAGUCCUCACCCCCUGCUACAGAGACUCUUCUGGGUGUCUCAUGGCCGUCCUCCUUCUCCUGUUGAUGUUACCCACUCUACUCAAUGGUCAACUUCUCACUAGGACGGCGCUGGUCGGGGAGGACGCCUCUCUGUCCUACGACCCAAAGCUCUCCAAAGACCUGACUGAGACGCCAGUGAAAUGCUACACUGACAAAAUGAUCAGAACAAAUGACUUUGUCUUUAAGAAGGACAAACCUCCCAAGGACAAUUAUAAACUACUGAAUCCCGCGUACAGAGGGAGAACGAGGCUGUCAGACGUAGACCUGAAGAGAGGAAUCUUCUCCCUCAGACUGCACAACGUCACACGGGCCGAUGAAGACAACUACUACUUCGUGUUUCCCUCCAAGAGAUACAAGAUCCAGCUUCUCAUAGGUGCCGUGUCCUCCGCUACCAUCACCCUGGAGAAACGUCCCGACUGCAGCGGUCUGGUGCUGAGGUGUGAGUCCGUGGGCUGGUACCCCCAACCACAGCUCUCCUGGUGGACCGAUGGAGGCCUCCCCCUGCCUGCUGUCACCAUGAACACCACCUGGGACCCCACCGGCCUCUACACCAUCAGCAGCACCGUGGUGGUGGAGAGCCAGGGAGCCAGGAACUACAUCUGUAGAGUUCACCAGGAACGGUUCAACCAGACCAGGGAGGCGGAGAGAGCCCUUCAGGGUACGUCCUGUCAAGUCCUGGGAUGAGCUGUCACUGAGGCUGUUACACACGGGCCUGGCAGAGGGAUGUGAGGGUGCACUCACACUGGGCCAUCUGUACCGUGCCAAAGUCCGUUUCACACCUGUACCGUGCAAAUCUAGAUCGUUUGGCUGGUGUGAGCACGCCAACCGUACUCAAGUCCACUUCAAUUCCGUGGCCUGAGCACACUUGGGAGAGGUGUGCUCAGGCCACGGUACAGAUGCUAAUGAGCCA